AUGUUAAUAGGAAAAGUUACCAAUUUGCUUUCAGGUGCCGUUAUAAGUCCCAUUUUCAGACAAAUUGGAAUCAGGCUGAUGAGUUCACAGUUGGUAGAUGGUUACAAUUAUGAAACCCUGAAGGUUAUUAGACCUAGGGAAUAUGUGCUUCAAGUGGAACUUGACCGUCCUGAUAAGAGAAAUGCACUGAGUACAACUAUGUGGAAGGAAUUUGUAACUUGUUUCCAACAAAUAUCUGAAGACAAGGACUGUCGAGCUGUUGUUAUCAGUGGAUCGGGAAAGGUAUUUACUGCUGGAAUUGAUUUGCAAUGCCUUGCCGAAAUUGCAAUGCAGACAGCAGAGCUUGAUGCUGGAAGAAAAGCUAUGACAAUACGAAAAGUUAUAUUGGCUUUUCAAGAGAGUUUCACAGUUUUUGAAAAAUGUCCAAAACCAGUCAUUGCUGCAGUCCAUGGAGGCUGCAUUGGUGCUGGAAUAGACUUAAUCACAGCUUGUGAUAUGAGGUUCUGUUCCAAAGAUGCUUGGUUCCAAAUCAAAGAAGUAGACAUUGGUAUAGCAGCUGAUGUUGGAACACUUCAGAGAUUGCCCAAAAUAAUUGGUAAUGACAGUUUGGCUAGAGAACUGGCCUACACUGCAAGGCCUUUCUAUGCAGAUGAAGCCAAAGAAAUAGGUCUUGUUAGCCGUGUUUUCCCAGAUAAAGAAACAAUGAUUAAUGGAACAUUAGAUAUUGCUUCAUUAAUUGCUUCUAAAAGCCCAAUUGCUGUCCAAGGAACCAAAGUAAACCUGAUUUACUCCAGAGAUCACUCAGUCCCUGAAAGUCUUCAGUACAUUGCUAACUGGAAUCAAGUGAUGCUGCAAAGUGAAGAUAUUGUGAAAGCAAUGACAGAAAAGCCACCCGUGUUCUCUAAACUCUGA